AUGUUUAACGAAGAAGAGCCAGCAAACUUAAGGCAACAUUUUGCUUUGGAGGAUGAUGGUGACUACUCGAGUAUGAAUGAUAAUCCACAGGUGAUUGAUAAUGAACCACGAGUAGCUGUUGUUGAUUUUGUUAAUGCUGAUGAUCAUCAAAUCGCUGAACAGCAAACAACAGAUGUCAAUCGACAAGUUACUGUUGUUCCUACGGAGGAGACAAUUAGUUACGAACCACAAAACGUUCAAAUGUUCUCUCUACAUGAUGAUAUAGAGGAAGAACAUACAGAGGAUGAAAUCAUUGUUCAUGGACAGGAAAAAACUCAACUCGAUGAAAUGUUGGAAUUUGAAAAGAGUGCAGAACAAGAUGCUGCUCCGAAAUCAACCAUUGAGAAAAUUAAAAAGUAUUUCAAGGAUGAAUUUCAAUUUAAAUCUAGAAAGUUAAAUGUCUUUUAUGCAAGUCACUUUUUGGCAUCUUGGGGUGAUAGAAUGUGGGCUUUUGCUUUACCUGUAAUAUUUGGUGACAUGUUCCCAGAAACAUUAUUACCUAUGGCACUUAUGGGAUUUAUACAAAAACUUAUUGGAAUAAUACUUGGGCCACAUAUGGGUUACAUGGUUGAUACAAUGCCAAGAUUUAAGGUCAUGUCAAUUGCUCUUAUUGUACAAAAUGCCUCUGUAGCAUUAACUACUCUUUUAAUUUUCUUACUUGGAUAUUUUGGAUGGAGAUCUGAGGAUUCAAAACCUCAAACUGAAACAGAUGCUCUAUUUAUUUGGCCAUUCGAAACAGUUCUUUCAAUGGUACUUUUCUUUUCAUGUGCUCUUAUUGGUUCUUUAAGUGACUUAUCCUCUAUGGUUACAAGUGUGGCCAGAACUAAAGAUUGGUGCUUGGUGGUUGCCAGAGGCGAAAAACUUCCAUUAGAAAGAAUCAACUCAAUGAUGAGACGUCUCGACAUGGUUUCACUCAUUGUAUCACCUGUUUUAUUUGGUCUCAUUCUUACUUUUGCAGGAUACAAGAUUGGAGCCAUUGUAGUUUGUUUAUGGAAUGUGUUUUCUCUUGUUCCAGAGUAUAUUUGCAUUCGCUAUGUUUACAAUAAUACGAAAGAACUUCACAUUACAAAAUUGGAGCAAGAAUUGAAAAUCAAAGAAGAGCGUGAAAGAGAAUUAUUGGCAGCCAAUGAGGGAAUGCAACAAAUUGAUUUGGAACAAAAGGAGGAAACAGUUAAUUUGAAACAUCAAAACGUUUUCAAGAUUCUGUUUAUGGGAUGGAAAUCAUAUCUCACCCAAAAAGUAUUUCUCUCAAGUUUGGCAUUUGUCUUUUUAUUUAUUACUGUACUUACUCAUAGUGGAUUGCUCCUUUCUUACCUUAAGAGUCACAAAAUUCACUCUGCUGUUUUGGGAACUUUCCAAGCAUUGAGUGCCAUCUCUGGUCUCUUGUCAACCUUUAUAGCACCUUACUUGAUUAUGAGAAUUAACGUUUUUAGAGGAGGACUUGUUUCCCUUUACUUCCAAUUCUUCUCUCUAGUGGCAGGAGUUUUGUGCUUUAUUGUUUUCAAUUUCUGGUCUGAGCAAUUCUACUUUGCUGUUUACUUCUUCCUUAUUGGAAUUAUCAUGAGUAGAUUGGGUUUAUAUGCCUUUGACCUUGCGGAAAUUCAAAUUAUGCAACAAUUGGUAGAUCAGAAAGAUUCUGGUAUUGUCAACUCAACAGAAGGUUCCUUAACCAAAAUUGCUGACCUUAUUGUCUUUUUCUCUGCUCUCUUCUUCUCUACACCAUCCAGAUUUGUUUUCCUAGCUUGUGGAAGUUUAUGUUGUGUUGGUAUUGCUGCUCUAUCGUACACCUUCUGGUUUUUGAGAAAUAGAAAGCAUAUGAAUCAAUGGCUCAAAGAAAUUGAAGAGGAAGAACUUAAAAGAUCAGCCAAGUAA